AUGUUGCCGUGCCCUGGUCUUUCCCUUUGGGAGGGGGCGCCCAACGCCGUGACGUGGGUGCUGGCCAACGUCGGCGCGAACUUCCCUUCGCGGGACGGCGUGGACAAGCGACUCGUCUCGGAGGUGCAGUCUUGGGGCACCUCAGGCCAGCUCAUCAGCGAUGAGAAGGCGAGCCCCAUGAACGGGCCCGGCUACAUCGCGGGCGGGACUAAGCCGACGGACACGGACGGUGACGGUAUCCCGGAUGCGUGGGAGAAGGCAAACGGGCUCAACUACCAAGACGCGAGCGACGCGAUGAAGAUCAGUAGCUCCGGGUACGCCAACAUCGAGGUAUACGUGAAUUCGUUGGUGCCAUCCACGAACGGGGCUUGA